AUGUCUAAGAAUAUCAAUAAAAAUAGACGAAUAGAAAGAAAAACAUUUCUUUCAUUACAAAUAGAAUACGUCGUCUUUUUAAUAGAUGGGAUUUAUUGAUUUUGCAAAACGUAGAGGACUUUUUUUACAAUUUACCGAAAAAGAGCAAUGACUCCAAAUGUAAAGACACGCAGCAGUUAAACCUCCACAGGAUCUACAGCUCAAGCUGCUCUGGUUCAUCCUUGUAAUCAACGUGGCUCCUCCCCCUCAGGUAGACGCACAACGCCAUCACAUCUGCCAGCCGCACUUCACACUGCGUGACUCUGCCUGCUGCUCCGAAUCCACGCAUCAGCUUCACGGACCCGAGCUGGGAUGCCUGAGUCUCCUCUCGGUCCGCCGACAGCCCGUCAAACGCCGGCCAGCAGCCUUCUCAGUCACGCCGACGCGGCUGCAGGAGGGAGAGUAGCCGAUGGGGAGAACUGGUCGUAUCUUCACCAUAAGCAGGUUUUUCUGGCUAUGAUGCAGCAGCUGCUGUCCCCCGACCAGCUGCAGGCUGUGAUCCAGCAGAAGCAACAAGCUCUUCUCCUGCAGCAGCAACAUCUGAAAGAGUUUUACAAGAAGCAACAACAACAGAUUCAUCUGCAGCUGCUUCAACAAAGGUCCUGCAAGAAAGCCAAAGAGCUCCCUGCGCAGCAGCUCGUCUUCCAGCAGCUCCUCCGGCUGCAGCAGCAACAGCAGCAGCUCCUCCGGCUGCAGAGACCUCGGCUGCCCCCCCCGGCCCUCGCUCCAGCUGGUUUCGGCUCUGCAGAGACGUGGAAAGAGCUCACGACUGAAGACAAAGACGCACCGAAGAGCCAUCGGGAGCCUUCCGGUCCCGACCUGGGGAGGCCGAGCGGAGACCAGGGGUCGCCGUCUCCUCGCCGGGCGACGCGCGCUGUCAAAGAGGAGUGCGGCGCCACGCGCGCUCUCUACGCUCACGGAGUGUGUAAUUGGCCCGGAUGUGAGUCGGCGUGUGAAACCCUCAGCCAGUUCCUCAGGCACAUGAGCGGCGAGCACACCCUGGAUGACAGAAGCACGGCGCAGUGCCGAGUCCAGACGCAGGUGGUCCAGCAGCUCGGGAUGCAGCUCGGCAAAGAACGGGAGCGUCUGCGGGCGAUGAUGGAUCACCUGCACCUGCCACCUCUGGAGUCUCAGUCGAUCUCUGCACCUCUGCAGCCGCCACAAUCAGAACCGGCCAGUCUUCAGCUCGGCUCCGUCCUGCCCCCCCCGCGUCCAUCGGACUCGGCCCGGGUGUCCCCGUCCCCGGUGUGCGGAGGACAGUCCCCCGGUCACAGGGCCGCACAACGACGUCGCCAUCACCCUUUGGUCUACUCGCUGUCCUCAGAGGAUGAACACGAGCUUUACAAGACCACCGACAUCAGACCACCUUUCACCUACGCGACCCUCAUCAGACAGGCAAUAAUGGAAACAUCCGACCUGCAACUAACACUCAACGAGAUCUACAACUGGUUCACACGGACGUUUGCUUAUUUCAGACGCAACGCGGCCACUUGGAAGAACGCGGUGCGUCACAACCUGAGCCUGCACAAGUGUUUUGUGCGCGUGGAGAACGUGAAAGGCGCCGUGUGGACGGUGGACGAGGUGGAGUACCAGAGGAGGAGAUCCCAGAGGGUCACCGGGAGUCCGACGCUGAUGAAGAACGUCUCCUCCAACCUGGACUUGGGGACCAUCCGGCCGAGCGGCAGCCGACAGCGACUAGAGGAGCUGGAGCCCCUCGAGCCACUUUCUUCUUCUUGUUUGCAGACGUCGGUACCGGGAGGACCGGAGAGCGCUGAUGGAAGUCAAAUACAGGAGAGCAACGCGACGAGCAGCCGCAGGAAAGCAAACUUCUCCCCAGCGUGAGUCCGCCAGCGAGAUCCGCCUCAUGCAAACUCCAAAAGGCUUCGUUUUCCCUCCCGUUGAAGGUCCCUUUUGGAGCAAAGGACCAAGAGCGUUUGUUUGACCUUCUUCUUCUUCUUCGUCUACAUCUGUAUUUGAUCGAAAACACAUAAAAACCGACAUAAUCCUAAUGGUGUUCAUUAUGUUUCAUAUAUUCAUACAUAUGACAAAUGAUUUUGUCUGAAAAAACAUUCGACUUGAAAGAAAAAGUACAAUGUUACACGUGUAGUUUUUCCAUUGAUGGUGAUCUUCUUUUAUUUUAGAAAUUAGAUUUAGAAGAAACUUUAAAGCUACAGUUCAAAGAUGUGAUAAAAGGAUUUGUUACAAUAAUUAGGACAUAGUUUGUAUUUAAAACCCUACAGUUGCUCUCAUGUGAACCAUCCAUAUGAAAAAGUCCAAGAAAAUAUAUCGAGGCGAACUCAAAGUCACAUUGGACACCUUAAAACAAGAGCUGCAAUCGGAGUUUGGAGGAAAUUGAACUUUUCCAAAGGACAAAGCAGAGACACAUUUGUUCUGAUAUGAAUGAACGUGUUCACGUAGUAAAGUGAACGUUACGUGUGUGACUUCUCUCUGUUGUCCGUUUCUUAAGAAGUAAAUACAUCUUUUGUGUUUCUUGUAUCUGUUUCUGAAAAUAAUGUAUUGAAUACGACUUGUUUCCACUGAAAUAAAGAAGUCACACAUUUAUAACAUUUUGAGUAUUUACAAUAGAUGCUGUGCUCAUACAAAUAUCUGUAUUUAUAAAACAUGUCAGUAAUUAUUUGUGUCUGAUUGCAAUAGAAUAAAUGUAUGUGGAUGGGAA